GAGAGAGUCAAAGGUACAGCAGCAGCAGCACAGUGCGUCGAGUGGAGAGAUGGAGGCAGAGUUGUCCGGCUGUGAGUGAGUAUAACCCGGAGAGGAGAGCACAUCUGAUGGUUAUAGAGGGGGAAAUCACCAUGCUUGAUCCUGAAUAGCCUCCAUACAGGAUCCAGGAUCGCCUCAGAGACACGAGCGUCAUGAUGAAACCGGUCCUGCAUUGAGCCUCUCCUCGGCAGGUUGGCAUGGCCCAGUGAUGAACGGAGCGGCGGUGCCCGGUAGCCCGGAGCUCUCCUCCUCGUGCCCACUGCCUGACUGGCGAGAGUUCUGCGAGCUCCACGCCCGAGCCUCUGCUGUCGACUUUGCCGACAAGUUCCAGCGCUUCCUGUCGGAGAACCCCUGCUACGACUCGCCCGGUGCUGAUGUGAGUUUCUCCCAGCACUUUGCCCAGCACUUCCUCGAGUGUUUCUCUUCAGCGCUGACCCAGGCCCGGGAGAACCAAGCCUCCUCGCCAGGAGAGGACGGAUCUAGCUCAGCUCCAAAAUACAGCAUUGUUCCAUUCUUGGGAAUCCAGGGCUGCCCGCUGUCCUACGGCCACGACCUUUACCAGAGACGCAAGGACACCGGGGCUUCCAGUGAGUCCCUGGACAGUAUGGACAGCGGUGGGGGAGGAAUAGAUGGGGGAGGCAGUGGCCCCACCAGAGGGCCCCAGCCAGCACACAAGGUAACUGCUCUUGGACAGUCCCGCAGCUCUGAGGACGUUUCAGUCAGCCACCCAAAGGCCCGCUUCAAGAAGGGUUUCUCCCUGAGGAACAUGAGCCUGUGUGUGGUGGAUGGAGUGAAGGAGAUGUGGCACAGACGGGCUUCACCCGAACCUGACGGCCCCUCUGGAACCAGGAGGGCUAACGGGGGAGUAGGAGUAGGUGGGGGCGGAGGAGGGGGAGGAGGAGGUGAGGCCACAGGGGGAGAAAAGUGGUCCCAAAAGCUGCGGCUCCCCCGGGCUUCACAGGGCCACAAGGCGGAGAUGUUAGAGAUCCAGAGGGAGGGAGCGCUUAGGUACAUGGUGGCUGACGACACAAACUGUAUGGGAGCCGCACUGUGGCAAAAGUGUCGCCUGCUGCUGAGGAAGACCAAGAGGGAGGAGGGGGGCGAGAGGUUCCUGCUGGAGUUCUACGUACCCCCCAAGUCAUCAAAGCCCAAAGUCAGCAUCCCUCUGACAGCCAUCGUGGAGGUGAGGACCACCAUGCCGCUGGAGAUGCCUGACAAGGACAACACCUUCGUUCUCAAGGUGGAAAAUGGGGGAGAGUACAUCCUGGAAACCAUCGACUCUCUGCAGAAAAACUCCUGGGUUGCUGACAUCCAGGACUGCAUAGACCCAGGUGACAGCGGCGAUGACAUUGAGCUGGCGUCUUGUCCUCAUGGUCAGGCCUCCAAAGACUGCUCCAUGGUGGCCUCCUGCAGCUGUGAGCUUCUAUCUGAGGGUAUAUAUCGUGCUCCAGAGAGGUCCUGUCCUACACCUGCUGAACAUUAUAGCGCCCCCUCAGUCCGUUGCAGGGAACCCCCCUUCACCCAGCACCCAUCCCACAUGCCUUUGGAACGCUUCCUCCAGUCCCCUGAGGCCCAGAGCUCCAACUCCUCUUCAGGUGGCAGUGAAGGAGCAAAAGAGUCCAGUGGAGAUGCCAGCCUGGCAGGUUACCCAUGGUUCCAUGGUACACUGUCCCGCGUGCGUGCGGCUCAGUUGGUGCUUGCAGGCGGUGCCAGGAGCCAUGGGCUCUUUGUAAUACGACAGAGUGAGACUCGGCCAGGGGAGUAUGUCCUCACCUUCAACUUUCAGGGCAAAGCCAAGCAUUUGCGUUUGUCGGUGAAUGAGAAUGGACAGUGCCACGUCCACCACCUGUGGUUUCACACUGUGUCGGACAUGCUGAGACACUUCCAUGCCCACCCCAUCCCCCUCGAAUCAGGAGGCUCUGCUGACAUCACGUUACGCUCCUACGUACAAGUGCAGCGGAGCUCCACGUCAGCUACAGAUGUGACCACGCCUCCAGUCCUCACCCCACCCAGGGAUGCAGUAGGCUGCCGGACAGAUCCAGCACAGCCAACCCUCCACCCUGCUGGGAUCCCAGCGCCUGCAGGGCCCCCUCCUGAUGCCCCGCUCUCAUCCAGCACCUCCUCCUCACCCACCGCACCCCCCUCUCUCUCCCGCAGUGACCCGGGUCCUGGUGGAGGAGUGGUAGGAGGAGGGUUACAGAGCCGGAGCAACAGCUCUGAACGCUUGCUGGAGGCCUCUAGUGGUGCAUCUGAGGACUACCACGAUGCUGACGGGACUCGCAGGGCCCGAGCAGUGGAGAACCAGUACUCUUUCUAUUAAAACAGCACAGGGCAGGGUUCAGUCAUGCAUUAUUUUGGAUUUGAUGAUGCAAAAAAGGUGGCGGGGAUAUUAGACUCUCUGCUGAUGAUGAAAAUGUUCCAAAUCACUGGAUCACACGUUGUUUUGUUUGUCUGUUUGCUGUCGGAGGUGAUUUCAUGUGUCUCUGAUUCAGGAGGGGAAGUGAAAUCAUGCUGAUCAUGCUGAUAAGUCCCUCCGGCUCUGCAGCUUUAAUCGCACUUGUCAAGAAUGUAAGGGAACAAAGAAAAGAAAUGUUGAGAUGAUGCAGCAGUGAAGAUGAGCGUAGGAGGAGAAAGCAAAAGGAAGUCAUCCAGUGGAGUCAUAUGGCUUUGAUUCACUUCUUCCGACCACUUCCUGUACUCAGUUUCCCAAGGUUCCCUGGGAGCACAGCCUGUGUCACCACCCCGCUGAAGGGUUGAGAGCUCAAAAAGGCCCCUGAAGAAACAGUCCUUACUCCCAGAGCUCCCAAGAGCAUCACAAUUAUGUUUGUAAAGCUGCUUUGAGUCUUGUCCCGGAUAUCCUCGCUGUCCCUGCAGGGUUUCCCUACAAAGUCCUGCCCCCGUUCGACUCUGCACUUACAUCAGUUCAGUAAUCAUGGGGAUGUUAGUGUUAGCUGGGAGAUAUUUUUUCUGUACAGCCUAAAGGGUCUUAGUGCCUGACAGUUACGAUGAGGAGGAUAAUGUUGGCACCUCAAAUAGUCAUAAACGCCCAAACGAAAAAGCAGGUGAUUCAUGUUAGUUUGUGAACAUGCAUAUCUCUUUGUUUUACCCUCACAGUUUUAUUAACGGCGGUGGUCAUAUUUUGUGUUGAAAGUCAGCUGCAUAUAGAAGAUGAACAGCACAAGUUCAGUUUGUAUGAAUAUGGCAAGAUGGCUCCCAUUUUGCUCUCACGUUGGGUUAUUUCUCUGAGUGUGUGACGGUGUAAUAGAGUUCAAAUAUUUUUCGGUGAAUGGCGUGCUAAAGUUGUGUUUCCACAACGGGGUUUUUGGAGUCCCUCCUUCUGGUGCUGGUUCUGUGUUCAAGCGUAUCAUAUCAAUAACGUGUAGAUUAGAUAUGCUGUUAAUAUAGGAGUUCAAUGCCUUUAAGAUAUUAUCAUACCAAAUCCAGCAUUUAUUGGAGGGACUAGGGACUUGUUUUUUUUUUUUUUUUUUAGAAAGGUGUCAGUCUUUGAUACUGUAUUCAGGGCCUGAUGUGGACAGCCAUGGUACAGGCAGUAAAGCGUAGGAUACUAGAUGGCCAUGCUUGAAUAGAAAGAUGUUACAUUGCUGCUUUCCUUUGUGCUGAGAAUUUAGCUUUGAGUAAACAUUUGAUGAGAAAACCUAAACACCACACAGCUAAAGUCAAUGUUGUUGUAAGGCCAAGACCUCAAAUCUGUUACAAAUCUCUAACAGAUUUUACAUUUUAGGAAGGGCACACGCUCACUUCAUCGCUAGGAGAUCGUUGAUUGUUAGCAUACUGGUAUCUUUACGUACCUUAAACAUGGAUAAAUUAGCCCCUUCCAGAGAUAUCCCCAAGGGAAUAUCGAGGAGGCUGCGUGCAAUCUUUCAUGGAGUUUGUGCGGUAAACAAGACAUACAAAUGUAAACCAGUAAGUUAAGUAAGCUUGCACCUCAGAAUUCUCCCGCUGAGGGAUGAGAAAUCCCACUACCAUAAAUUCUAGCUAACUAAUAAACACAUAUAUCCAUUUUUUUUCAAUCUGAAGAAGAAAUACAGUCACAGUUUUUUGGAGGGUUUCAUACCUGACUAUUUUAAGGACACUAAUGCUCAGGACCGGUUGCCAGUCAACCAGCGCAGACAUCACAAAGUUUUCCACUUCCACUUGAGUCCGACCAAGAAAUAAUGUGACACAUUUGUCCUCAUAAAACCUCAAUAUAUUGUUUUUACAAUUCACUUUUCGUAAAAAGCAAGAAUGAAUACUAUUUUAUUGAGCCCUUUUGUUUCCUUUCUAUGUGCUAAGCUAAUUUAGCUGACUGCUUCACACUUAAAACACAAAUCCUACAGUGGUAUCAAACUCUUCUGUUCAUCUUUUCUCAAAUACGGAAUAAGAGUAUACCUCCCAAAAAUGACAAUAUGAAGCAUUUUAAAACACAAUGGACAAUAAGAACAUAAAGGCAAACACACUUUGGCUACUUUAUUUCACACAUCAUCAACACUCGUUCAGUUGGAAUAAACAUAUCAAUAGUUGACAUCUCUCUUUUCAAGCAUGGUAAUCCAACUUCAAAGGAGAAAUCUUAAUUUUGGUCGAGGAGCGGACAAAGCAGUUCAUGUGCCAACUUGAAUUCUAUUUUUGAAACAUUUAUUCCUCAGCCGCUGUAAAUUACAUUUUUCCUAUCAAGUCUUGUUCGUGUUUAAUUGAUUAUUUCUUCUAGAUGAAACCUCCUCAGUGGAACCUGUUUUAAGAGCCCAUCUCACACAUAUCACAGAUUACUUAUGUCUCCCUUUUAUUUUCUUAACACUUCUUGAAGCUAGAUUUUCUGUUGUCUGAGUUUUGAAGAGUCUGUGCAAUUUUGUACAAAGUGAUGUACUUGACAUACUACUUUAUAUUUCUGUGAAUAAAAUGUGAGUAAACUUUG